UACCUGAAGUUUUUGGCAGUAAAGUCAUCAUGACAGACCUGGGCUGCAAAAAGCCCAGUGACUGCACUGUUUCCAGGCUACUCAGCGUCGUGGAGAGCGAACUCCAGGCUGGCAAAGACAAAGGCGACCCCACAGAGAAACAGCUCCAGGUUGUCUUGGAGGAUGCUACGCUCUGGCAGAGAUUCAGGGAAGUCACUAAUGAGAUGAUCGUGACCAAGAACGGCAGGCGGAUGUUCCCUGUCUUAAAGAUCAGCGUAUCGGGCUUGGACCCAAAUGCUAUGUAUUCCUUCUUGUUGGACUUUGCCCCGACCGAUGGCCACCGCUGGAAGUACGUCAAUGGAGAAUGGGUGCCAGCUGGGAAACCUGAGCCACCAAACCACAGCUGUGUCUACAUCCACCCAGAUUCUCCCAACUUUGGGGCCCACUGGAUGAAGGCUGCCAUUUCCUUCAGCAAAGUCAAACUUACCAACAAGCUCAAUGGGAGCGGGCAGAUAAUGUUGAACUCCCUGCAUAAAUAUGAGCCUCAGGUACACAUAGUUCGUGUAGGAGGCCCCCACCGGAUGGUGAUGAACUGUUCCUUCCCUGAGACUCAGUUCAUAGCUGUGACUGCCUAUCAAAAUGAAGAGAUAACAGCUCUCAAAAUCAAGUAUAAUCCCUUUGCCAAAGCCUUCCUGGAUGCAAAGGAAAGAAACCAUCCAAAGGAUGCUCCAGAAACAGUCUCAGAAGGUCAACAUAUGACAUAUUCUCACUUAGGUGGCUGGCUGAUUUCCAACCCAGACACAAUGUGUGCGUCAGGAAGCUCUAACUAUCAGUACACCGGACCUUUGCCUCUGCCGGCUCCUCACGCUCCCCAUGGCUGUGAGCGAUAUUCAGCCCUCCGAGGACAUCGGGCUGCUCCGUACCCACCUUCAUACAUGCAGAGAAAUCACUCGCCUACAGUGAAUUUGUUGGAGAGCUCCAGCAAUAAUCUUCAGGUAUUCCCAGGACAUGACAGCUGGACUUUGCCAUCCUCUCCACAUGCUAAUUUGCUUUCAGUGCCACACACCAAGGGAGCUGCCAGCCCUGGGCCCAGCCAUUACCCCUGUCUGUGGACAGUGAGCAACAGUGCUGUAAAUGUUGCCAACCCAGGGAAUGAGGUGAACAGUAGCCCUUCAAGCAUGUUCCUAAGGGGUAAUGUCCCUUUACCCACUGGAUCUUCAUCAGUCCAAAUCCCUCUGCAGGGAACAGUCUCUGGCAGCAUGGAAACACAAGGGGAAACCGCUCUAGCCAGACUAGCCGACUCUGCAUGGACAUCCUCACACUCCUUUUAAUGGACAGGCAGCUCACGAGGGAAGCUCAGCCAAACAAGACUGACGCAAGCAGCAAAGGACCCCCCAGACUUGCAUCUCAGAGCAGGGAUGUGAAUGCAGAAAGCCAACUUUAUCAAGCAUCACUUUCCAUAAUGUGCCUCUUGAGUGCCAGAGAAGCCAAGACGCGUAAUGCAAAGGCAGGAAAUGUUAGAGGAGCCAACUUAUUAACGUAACCUUUCUGCAUCAUUCAGGAUGAUGACCAGAAAGAAUCUUUAUAGUUAUCUUUGCUUCUAAAUCACAUCAAAAAAGGUCAGACACAUGAGUCUCAAUGAAGCAGACAUGGCAGCUGGAUAUUUAUGUGUCUUUUUUUAAAGAGUACUUUCUGUAAUUAAAGGCCAAGUCCAGGGAAACUGUGAGCAAGCUCCCCAUAUGUAGCUUGAAGGGACAGCACUGCUUUCAAGACAUGCAGAAAGCAGAAUUUUUCACACAAAGGUUCACACAGUACCUGAAACUAGAUUCUUCAGGGGAUGAAAUUACAGCCUGCCACCUUCAUGCCAUCUGCAUACAGUAUUCCUUGUCCCCUUCCCUUCUGCAGCUCCCAUGUGCUCUUUGUAUGCUAUAUAGCAGACACACUCCAGCUGAGAAUGUGGCUGCAUUGUAGCAGCAGGUGGAGGGCAUCUGAUAUAGCAUUUAUAAUCUAAUGUGAAGGUCUUGGAAAUGGAAAGUUUCAGUGUUUUACUAUAUAUGUGUAAAAUAUGGGUGGAGGGAAAAGAGUAACAAAAAAGAUAUUCAGGUUGCAAUUUCCACUUUGCUUCAGGUACAGAGUACAAAUAAAAUGUGAAUUAAUGCGUUUGUAC